AACAAGAGAAGCCUGUCCGUCUCUCUGAAUCCAUGUCUCCUCCCUUUUCCUGUCUUUCUGGAUCAACCAUUCAUCCUUAAAGCAGCCUCUUCCUCCUUCUCAUCACUUCAUAUCUCCCAGAACAUCUGAAACAGCAGUAGAGUGGAAGCUGAGCUGCAAGUCAGAGCUAUUAGUGGUGCUCUUUUUUUACAUCAGCUGACAGUUCAAAAGUUUCUUCUCAUCCCAAAAGAAGUCCUCUUUGGGUUUAGAUCACAACCCAUCCAAUCCAGUUUUUUUUAAUGGCUAGUAAAGAUUUACCUUUCCAAUAUGAUGUUGGAAGAAGAAGCACUUAUGUGGCGCGUGGCCAGGAACUGCAAGUUGAGAACAUCAAAGCAUAUGUUUGCCAACCCCCUUACAACACGGAAAAAGCUGUGAUUAUGAUUCAUGACAUUUAUGGAUGGGAAUUCCCAGAUACCAGAUAUGUUGCUGAUAUAGUUGCAGCUAAUGGAUACAUAACUAUAUGUCCAGAUUUUUUUCUGGGAAAAGAACCUUGGAAAACUACUAAUCGUUGGCAGAAUUUCGGGGACUGGUUAAAGCAACGAGAUCCCACGAAAGUGGACAAGACAGCUGAUACUGUCAUGAAGUUUCUAAAGGAGAAGUACAAUGCAAAGAAGAUUGGUGUCAUUGGGUUUUCCUGGGGUGGAAUGGCUGUACAUCACUUGAUGCUGACAAACCCUGAACUAAAGGCUGGGGUAUCUCUCUAUGGAAUCAUCAGGGACUCUGAAAGUAGGUAUGAUUUGCUGAAUCCUACCUUUUUCAUUUUUGGUGGAAAAGAUCACACCAUUUCUCGGGAUCAGGUCACUUUAUUAGAGGAAAAGUUGCAAGAAUACUGUAAAGUGGACUAUAAAAUAAAAGUCUAUCCUGGACAAGUGCAUGGCUUUGCUCAGUGUAAACCUGAGGACAUGAAAUCUGAAGAUGUGCCUUACAUGGAGGAUGCAAGAAUGGAUAUGAUUAACUGGCUGAACAAAUACCUUAUAUUUUGAAAUUUAAUGAAUAUUUAUAAUAUUAUUUCAUCCCCCAAAAGAAAUGCACUUUUAUUUUUUUCUCUAAAAUAUUUAUAGAUUGUGUCCAUCAGACCUUGAAGAAAAGUUAUAUUUUAGAGAACUUACAAUAAAUAUUGAAAUAUUUAUAAUUAGUGAUCCUUAAAAUCAUUGUUUGACAUUUAAAAAUAUGUACAUUCAGUUUGGAAAAUAUGUUCUGAUACAGGAUGUCUUAUGACAAGCUUGAUCUUCUAAGGCUGCCUUAAUACUUCUUUUUUCCCUUUUUAUUUUAUGUGCCACAUUCUUUCCCCAAAUACAUUAAAAUGUUCAGAAUCUCAAAAUUAAUUACACUAACAGAGUUUUGGGUCUUAGUUCCAAUGGUUUCUUUUUUUAAAAAAAACCCAUCCUCUAGCAUGUCUUGAAGCAUUAAACUUUGUUUUUGAAACCCUGCCCCCUUGAUUCCACAUAUAGUAUGUAGAUUUACAGUGGCUUUUUCUUGGUACUGGAGAAAACUAUUUUUUAGUUCUGAUGUAAAAAAUAAAUAAAUUCAAAGCUGAAA